GAAGUUUAUAUUGAAAGCAGGCGUUUAUAUCAACUAGUAAAUAAAGUUUAAUUACAUACUCGACUAGAUGUAUUGCUAUAGAUUUUGAAAUGAGCACAUAAAUGCAUAUUGAGGAUACUGUGCAAGAUGGAGUUAUAAGUGCCAAUCAAAUUCAUCAUAGGGAAAAGUUAUUUUAGAAAAGCUUUUAAUUAAAAAGUAAAUAUUUAUAUCUUGUUUAAUAGUCCAGAACGACAUUAUCAACAUAAAUCGCGACUGUUUUACGAUAGCUGUUUCUUCUCAAGCAAUUUGCGCAAAGGGACAUCUCGGAAAAGAGGAACAAUUUUGGAGAUUGAAACAUCAUUCUCUCUCAAUAUGUUUCCAAAUCUUCUUGCGCCAUCACCUUAUUAUCAAGGACUGCUCCAAGCGGCAGCAGCCCAUGUUAGUGCGGCAGCAGCAGUUGCGCAACCAACCAUGGGACAUAACUCCACGUCGUUCUUGGUGGAAAAUCUCCUUAGAGCCGAUAAACCUCAGGGUUAUUUAACGAGACCACAGCCUAUAGCAUCAACCGGCUUCACACAGCAACAAGGACUAUACCCAUUUUAUUUGGGUGUAGAAACAAGGACAGAGAAGGGAUAUAGAAGUCCGCGGAAUCAUAGUCCGCAACAACAAGAUCCAGAUAGUAGCGUCUCCCCAUCACUACAACAGUCCAAACCGAGGCUAAAGUUUGGCGUUAAUGCGAUUCUUUCUUCAGAGAUUUCACCUAAAAGUGUUACCAGCAGUUCCGUAUCCAGCCAAUCACAAUCAAGGGUGACCACAACAAAUUCUAGUCCCCCUGGUGGCUGUUCCAGUAAAUGCGAAUACUCCACAAAUGCUGUUCCAUGCAGGGAAUGCAUACCCACCUCAAAUUAUGACCAGCACAUGCAACAUUCCAUUCGAUAUCCUUAUUACUCAGGUUCCCCUACCAUGCUCCCAAUGCCCAACGCAUUCUCGUUUCUCACCAGCAUGCGAGGAAAGCCGAGAAGAGGGAUGUUACGACGGGCAGUGUUCUCAGACCUUCAGAGGAAGGGACUUGAGAAGAUGUUUCAGAAACAGAAAUACAUAAGUAAACCUGACAGAAAGAAACUUGCUGCCAAACUAGGACUCAAAGAUUCCCAGGUCAAAAUCUGGUUUCAAAAUCGAAGAAUGAAAUGGAGGAACUCAAAAGAACGAGAGCUUUUAUCAUCUGGUAGAUCACGCGAAUCAACUUUACCAAACAAGGGUAACCCACAUCCAGACUUGAGCAAUCUUUCUAAUGACGUAGACGACGAUGCCAGUACUGAAAUGGGGAAUGAGUACAGUAAAGAAACGAUGAGACUAGAAUCCCCACAUUCUAAUUUUGAAGACAAUAUGCUGUUAGUUUCUCAAAACGAAGAUGAAAACAUGACUAGCUCUGACUCUGAAUAUGAUGAAGACAUUGACGUGUCUUAAAAAUAUUUUGAUCUGUUUCUUUUGAUGAUAGCAACAAUUCAAUGUGGUGCUGUUUCUGAGGAUGUCUCCAUAUCAAUGUAACUGUAUGUAAUGUUGUAGUUAUAUGUGAACGCAUUUGCAUACGUAUUUUGUAAAUAUAGAGC